GCCCCGCCCCUGUCGGUUCGACUCCGCCCCCAGUCUCCGCCCUGCUCGCGCUGCUGGCCCAUGAGAGUCCCUUCCUGCCCGCUAAACUAAACUUAUCCUUCAGGAGGAAAAACGGACGAACUGCCAUACACGCGAAUAUCUGAGACAUUACUGAAGACCGAGGGACUUUUUCACGUCCCCCCGACGUGUUUGUCCCGCAGCGGGGUGAAGCAGCGAUGUGGGUCUGGUACCUCCUGCUCGGGUCGGGAACGGGCAGCAGCUCGGUGGAGAGCCAGCUUCUCCCCGGGAAUAACUUUACCACUGAAUGCAACAUCCCAGGAAACUUCAUGUGUGGCGAUGGCUUGUGCAUCCCUGGAAGCUGGCAGUGUGACGGUUUCCCCGACUGCUUUGACAAGAGCGACGAGAAGGGUUGCCCAAAGGUGAAGUCUAAGUGCGCCCCCACGUUCUUCGGCUGCGCUAAUGGCGUCCACUGCAUCAUCGGCCGCUUCCGCUGCAACGGCUUCCGUGACUGCCCCGACGGCAGCGACGAGGACAACUGCAGUAAUCCUCUGGUGUGCUCAGCGGCUCGCUUCCACUGCAGGAACGGCCGAUGUGUGGAUCGAAGUUUCCUCUGUAAUGGCCAAGACAACUGCCAGGACAACAGUGAUGAAGAGAACUGCCUUUCCACAGCAGAGUCUCCCGGUCAGGAUUUUGUGACGUUGGACUACCGGUUGCGUUACUACCCCAGCAUCACCUACGCCGUCAUAGGCAGCGCCAUCAUCUUUGUCCUGGUGGUGGCGCUGUUGGCCCUUGUGCUGCAUCAUCAGAGGAAGAGGAGUGUGUUACUGCCCCGGAGCGGAAGCCACACGCACCCUCAUCAGCCACUGCUGCUCUCUCGGCUGGUGAUAGUAGACAGAGGACAUAUCUCACCUCCAUCCUCCUCUCCAUCAGCACACUUCAGCUCAGCACACAGCCUCCAGCUGCUCACCAGCUCACUCUACCCACAAGGAGCCCCGCUGGAGUCGCCACCCUCGUACUCACAGGCAGUGCUGGACGUCAGUCGACCACCGUGGUUUGACCUCCCGCCUCCUCCAUACCCUCCUGAUGGUGAGGCUGCGUGUGCCACAGAGCCACCUGUUUAUGAAGCAUCUACACAAGCCAGUGGGACUCCCACUGUCCGACCCGAGAGAGCACAAGUACACAGCAUCAGUCCUGCAGUCAGAUGUGAAGCAGCACAUCCUCAAAACCUCACUUUAGCUCCACAGCAGCUAUAGCUGUCCAGUGAGGGGACACAGAGACACUUGUAUAUAGGACACAGAGACAUGUAUGGGGCUUAAUGUGGGGAAGAAUAAAAGACCACACAGAGAGCCACAGUUCUAUGUUUGGAGUAUCGCUAGAAGACAUCUUUUUUACUCAGAGUGAUUUCCAGAGUACAAAUCGCCAUCUUCUGGGAAAAAUGUGACAUUACAGAAGCUCAUGAAAGGACACUACGUGAAAGGACACUGUAGAGAUUGAAAAAUCUUCACACUUCUGAGACGUGACUGAUUUCAUACACAAGACUGAUCUAGACGUUUUAUUAAUGAUGCAGGCACCAAACGAGUAGCACUCAAGUACUAAAAUACUAAAAACUCUGCUGAGUUGUUCUUUAUUCAUACUUAUUUCUUUAGGUGUUUGUUUUUCAUUCAAUACUUUAUAAUAUUAUGGAAAAACCACUAUGCAAUGUGAACUGUGUUAGAUGUAAAGAGAAAAUGAUACAAGUAUGUAAAGAAUUCCAGGUAGUCCUACCCCAUACUCCGUUCUUAUCAUUAAAGCACUUAAUAAUUUAUCUUCUUGAUACACUUUUGCUCAUCGUGUUCCUUUCAGUGAUUUCUCUAAUUCAGUCUGCAGUAAACUCUAAUAAUCCUUCAGCUACUUUCACGCUAAUACAGUUUUCUCUCUGAAAGUGCUGCAUGAGAUUCUGACUAAUUAUCAUUCCAAUAAAUGUUCAAACUUCCACGGGUUUGUCCACGUGCACAUGAACAAUUCACGAUCCUUCAGUAAUCAUUAGAAAUCUUUAGACGACAAUCUGUUUAUAAUAUGUUUGUGCUGGAGUUAUUGUCUGUAGAAGGUAAACAAAUAAAGUAGAUGAAACGGCUCAAAAUACGCAUAACCAUGGCAACAGCGGUGCAGCUUGUGGUGUUGUGUUUUCUGUAUUUCUGCACAAAUUUGUUGCAAUUUUACAGGUCAGUGUGAGUGACGUGUUCUUCUAAACCAGCACUGUUUAGUAUCUCUAUUUAGUUUCCUGUAACCAUCUGUAUGCUGUAAAGGUUUGUAUUGUGGAGUUUUUUUUUGUUUUUUUUACUGCAGCAGACUUUCCCAUGUUUCAUUAACCUGCUGUCCUUUACUAUGCCCAAAAUCUUAGAACACAAUCAGUUGGAUUUGUACUAAAUUUAAAUUUAUUCAAUUAAAAUAUUUAUACAGUCUACCCUCACUGUCCACUUUAUUAGGAACACCUGUACAACUGCACAUUCAUGCUGUUUUCAAAUCAGCCAAUCACGUGGCAGCAGCACAGUGCAUUCGUUCAUUCAGAUACGGAUAAAGAGCUUCAGGUAAUGUUCACAUUAAUUAUCAGAAUGCGGCGAAAGCAUGAUCUCUGUGACAUCAGUUGUGACUGGGAUGUAGGUGUCAGGGUGAAAUUGCCUUGUUGAUAUGGAUGGAUUUUCCAGCCUGCAAACUGUCUGUACACAGGGUGUGGUGGUGGUGGUGUAUUUUUGCACCAUUCUGUGUAUAGAGUCUGUGAAAAUCCCAGGGGUUCACCAGUGUCUGAAAAACACAAACCCAUGACCCAGUUAACGUUACAGACAUCACACUUUUUUUCAUUCUGGUGUUUGAUUAUUAACUGAACAUUAACCGAGGUUGUUGACUCGUAUCUGCAGGAUUGAAUACAUUGUGCUGCUGCUACACAAUUGGCUGAUUAGAUAAGUAAGUGCUUGGAUGUACAGAUGUUCCUAAUAAAGUGGACAUUCUUUGUAAAUACCUCAUGCCAAAAAUAUGUGGUUACAUCAAUUCUGCCUAAUCAGUCAGCUUAUCUAUCUCAGUUUAUUACCAGUGACUGAACUG